AUGCUUCUUGUCCAACCUAUUCACAAUCGAUACCUCUCCACAGCACCGCGGAAGACAAUUGCUCAAUUUCUAGAAUGGAAGCCCGAAUCCGAAGUCAGAAAUGUUGUCGUCAAUGGAUACGUCCGGUCUGUUCGGAACAUGAAGACGGAUCGAUUCGUCAACAUCGGCGAUGGGUCUUCGCGGUUGCCUAUCCAGGCACUGGUGUCGAGAAGCGACGACGAAAGCGCAAACCUGCGAGUUGGUGCUGCAGUCCGCCUACGAGGUGUCUGGACUCCCUCCAAAACAGAUGGUCAAAGUCACGAAUUGAAGGUCGAUCAUGUCGAGAUCCUAGGCCCCUCUGACGCAAAGACGUUCCCAAUCCAGAAGAAGUACCAAACACCUGACUAUCUUCGCACCAUGCCCCAUCUUCGAACCAGGAUACCAUUGAAUGCCGCAAUCUUACGAUUAAGAUCAGAAGCCGUCGCAUUGUUGACUCAGUUCUUCGCCUCUCGAGACUUCACCCAAACUCAUCCGCCAAUUAUCACAUCUUCAGAUUGCGAAGGGGCAGGAGAGGUCUUCAACAUCGUUACGGGAUCGGCCAAGGCACCGGAGAAGGGCCAGGACAAGCAAGCAAACAUGUUCUUUCGCUCGCCCAAGUAUCUGACGGUGUCUACUCAGCUUCAUCUUGAGGCCUUGGCCCAAUCUCUGGGUCACGUAUGGACAUUAUCACCGACCUUUCGAGCAGAGCGAAGCGACACCUCAAGACACAUGAGCGAGUUUUAUAUGCUAGAGGCGGAGAUGAGCUUCGUCGACGAAUUGGACGAAGUCACAAACCUUGUUGAAGAUAUGCUCCGCAGUUUGGCUACUGGAUUGUAUCAGACUCGCGCUGCGCAAGAAGUGCGCCAACGACAAGCGCCCGGGGACACCCGUACGGCAGAAGAUGACCUAGUUCCGAUAGACGAAGUGGAGCGUCGUUGGAAGGGCAUGAUGCAGAACCCAGCUUCCAGAUGGCCACGCAUCACGUACGCCGAUGCAAUCAAAUUGCUUCAGGCAGAAGAGCAUCAGUUCGAGAUCAAGCCUACAUGGGAAGGCGGCCUGCAUUCCGAGCAUGAAAAGUUCCUCGCCAAGACUCUUGGUGCCACCAACGACUCCUCUGCCUAUUCUCCCGUCUUCGUUACCCACUACCCUCGGGCGAUCAAAGCAUUUUACAUGAGAAAAUCAGAUACCGCAACCUCUGGUCAUGAUCUGCCGGGUGACACAGUCGACUGCUUUGAUCUUCUGGUCCCCGAUUUGUGCGAGAUCGCUGGCGGCUCGAUGCGUGAGCAUCGCUUGACGGACCUGUUGGAGACCAUGAAGGCUCGCGGCAUGGGCGGCAGCGAUCUCGAGUGGUAUGUUGACCUCCGUCGUUGGGGCUCCAAUCCACACGGCGGAUUUGGUCUGGGCUUCGACAGACUGCUCAGUUAUCUCGUGGGAGUUCCUAAUGUGAGGGAUGUGGUGGCCUUUCCGCGCUGGUAUGGCCGGUGCGACUGCUAA